CAGCUGUCUUGUACUCAUUAGUAAGCAACGUCUUUAUAUUAUCAACAUUUUUCUCUAGGGUGUAUGCUUUACUUUGUUCUCAUUUCUACGGAUGAUUUUUGAAAGCAUGUCGUUUACCAACGCUUCAGUCAGCUGAAAAGAGCACUUUAUGUCCUAGGAUGACGUACAACUUGGAAGGCGGCUAUUAUUACGCCGCAUGUCAAAGCUUAUAGUCAGUCGACUUGAUAUUUGUUCAUUUUGGAAAUUUUACCUUAAGAUAUUUAUUGAUAAUCUCAUUGUUUUGCAGACAACAUGAAAAGAUCAAAAUUCCGACGGUACUGUCGAGCAGCACUUGUGACAUCACUUGUUUGGUGUAUUAUUGAUAUCACUAUUUUUAUAUUCAUCACGAAUAAUAUUCAAACAAACGAAGCUGAAAUUACGAUGUUUUCUCUGCAAAAUCGGGAUAUGAGCUCAAGUGAACAAUAUUAUACGAAUAGAGUAAGCACUAAUGUUUCCGACAACGCAUUUAAUAGAAGAGGGAGACCAAAUCAAAAAGACAAAAUUAAUAAUGGGGGAAUUGAGUCGGAUGUCGCUGACCAUGGGUCUCAUGAACUGAUGAGUCAAGAGAAGGAACAGAUGCAUCCGAGUUCCGCCAAAUUUCAUCGACUCUCGAUAGCUUCAAACCUAAGUGGCAGCCUAGAAUAUAAGCAUGUAAGUGUUCAUGGUAAUAAAUAUACAAGCAACAACACCGAGUUGAACUUAAUUAAUUCUGACAUGCUGCACAGUGAGCUCCACAAAUUGACAAAACAAGAUAGCUGGCAAUUAGGCCUAAAUCAUACAGUACCACAGCGGCUGAUUGAACUUGCUAGGAACUCUCUACUAAAUUGGCACCCAAAUGGGGUUGGGGAACAAGGAAAACCUGCUAUCACCCCUAGCAAUGAAACAGACUUAAUGGAAACUAUGUUUGAGGAAAAUCAGUUUAAUGUAUUCGAAAGCAAUAAAAUUGCAUUGAAUAGAAGUUUACCCGACGUAAGACCGGAAGGGUGUAGUAAGAAAGUGUAUGAAAUAGUUUCGCUUCCAAAGACAAGCAUCAUUAUUGUGUUUCAUAACGAGGCUUGGAGUACGCUAUUACGAACUGUUCACAGCGUCAUCAGUCAGUCUUCAUCCGGGUUACUCGAGGAAAUAAUCCUUGUGGACGAUGCCAGUGAAUCUUCGAAAUAUUGGCUAGGCCACCAGUUGGAGGAGUAUGUUGCCACCUUACCCUUGCGCGUCAUUGUGGAACGGACAAGAUCUCGGAAAGGAUUGGUUCGUGCUAGAAUACAAGGCGCAUUGGCUUCCAGAGGUGACGUUCUCACAUUCCUAGAUUCCCACUGUGAAUCUACCAAAGGCUGGCUAGAGCCUCUUUUAGAUAGAAUUAGCAAGGACAGAACCAAAGUAGUAUGCCCAGUUAUCGACACUAUUAGUGAUAAAACGUUUGAAUACAUUCCAGUUCGUGGCAACGUUCCCAUCGGUGGCUUUUCUUGGUAUCCAGAUUUCACUUGGAUAGAUACUCCAAAGCGGGAGAUGGAUCGGGUCAAUAAUGAUCCAACGGAAGCUUUAAGGUCACCCACCAUGGCUGGAGGGUUGUUUUCAAUAGAAAGAAAGUAUUUUUUCCAGCUUGGAUCGUAUGAUUCUGGGUUCAAAACUUGGGGUGCUGAGAAUCUCGAGUUGUCUUUCAGGAUUUGGCAGUGUGGCGGUUCUAUUGAAAUUGUUCCAUGUUCCCACGUCGGACACGUUUUCCGGUCAAAAAGCCCAUAUUCCUAUGAUGAGGACCCAGGUAUAACAUUAGUAAGAAAUACACGGCGAACGUUGGAGGUUUGGACCGACAGCUUUAAGAACAUAUUUUAUUCGUUAAACCCGCAACUACAAGUCACCGGAUACGGAGAUAUUUCAAACCGCGUUAAACUCAGAGAAACACUCGGAUGCAAAAGUUUUCGUUGGUAUUUAGAGACGGUCUACCCUGAGCAUACACUGCCUCUUGAAUUCAAAAUAAUCGGCAUGGUUCGAAAUGAGAUGUCUGCGAUGUGUGUCGAUGUUUUCGCGAGAGGAGAGAAGGCGAAAGGUGACGCAAAAGUAUCACUAUUUCCAUGUCACGGAAUCGGUAUGUCUCAGAUAUUUGUUUACAAUGCGUUCAACCAGAUACAGCAUGACAAUAUGUGCCUAGAUGCACAUUUUUAUGAUGAAGAAGUCGCUUACAGUGACUGUCCCCGGAGUGCGGAGAUUACUACUGCAUCGUGGGAGUACGAUCCCAUUACCAGCACGAUCAUGAAUGCAGCAACUCGGAAAUGUUUGGAUGCUGUCAAGUCGCAGGAGGGCGACAUUCGCUUUGUCUCUACAACAAAUUGCAACAACACUCAAGAGAGUCAACGAUGGAUUCUUACUGAUAGUGGGGCAGACGAACGAAUGUGGGCCGACUAUUGAGGAGCGUAAAAUCCGAUCACUUGUGGAUUUCGUGUUGUUAGUGAGCGCGCGUAAUGAAACGUACCGUAAACGAUUAUCAUAGUAACCAGUAAGGCUACGAUAAUAAUUGUUGUUAGACGAACAAUUACACAGUCAUGCACAUCAGAGACAGAAUAGGCCUAUACCAUGAAAACAACAGUUUUAAUUUUAUUUCAGAAUUGGGCAAUCGAGAAAUGUUUUUUUUUUUCUUUAUUUGAUUCCUGUUUGUCUGUUUUCAACCAAAUUUGUUGAUUGAAACGAUAACAUUCGAACGGGGCAGACACAUUAAGCCUUGGUUACUGGACGCCUAAAUCCUUUCACCGAAAAAAUCCAAUCCAAUCCAAUCUACUUACAAUUUUCUUAAUACCUCCAUAUGAUAGAAGAGCUGUGAAUUGUUGUGAAUAAAAGUGGCAACGAUAAAUAUAA